ACUGCGUUUGUUUUGAUCGGAAGCCUUUGAGCUUCCAAGGUUUUGAUGCUUGAGCAGCUGGGCUCCCCGGCCGCUCAAGCAUGCUGGAACCGGCUUGUGCUUCUUCCUCCGAUAACCGUUCGGGGUCUGUCGCUUGUUUUUACAAUUCCGACGACCCUUGACUCUUUCUUGUGUAGGGGCUCGUUGGUUGUCCAGAUUUGGCCACCGUCGGUUUGGAUCCCUGCCGCGGUGUCCUGGAGAUUUGGCGCCAUUCUCUCCCUAGGGCUCGUUGGUUGUCCAGAUCUGGCCACCGUCGGUUUGAAUCCCUGCCGUGGUGUCUUGGAGAUUUGGUGCCAUUCUCUCCCGAGUAGAUUGAAAGGUGUCCCAUAGCUGGAUCGGUCGACCACAGGUUGCACGAGUGUUUUCACCUCCUUUCCUCCUCUGCAUCGAGUCUACUUUGCCUUGUUUCUCCAGUUUGUUCGUUUUUUAUCUGAUACUCUUAUCCCUUUGGAUAAGACCUUGAUGUAGAUGCCGUAUGGCAAUUCUUA